AUGAUAGGUACUCUCACCUCUCUCCUCGGACUCUGGCCGAGGGCUCUUUUGCAGCUUAGCCGAUCGGCCGGCGACAUCUUUCUCUACUAUUUUGUGGCGUUCUUCAAAUCUGCCCUUGCCAAUCAUGAGAAGCAGGGACUAUGGUGGGCCACUUCACACAUGAAGCCGGAGGGAACUCAGACAAGUACUCCAGUAACGCUACUUGGACGACGACGGCCAAGGGGUGACUCUGUCCAUCACUCCUCUCGGAGGGAGGCCAACCUGAUCGUGCCUGGGAAGAGGAAAAGAUCACAAGCCCCGGCUCUUACCCACGUCCAUGAAUUCACCCAGCCCAAGCGAGUACGUCGAUCGAAGCUGCUGAUGUGGUGA